AACAUGGCGGGCAUCUGGAAGUUAGCAGGACCUCUGUCAACUGUAGCUGCUGGUGCUGGUGGCAUUUUCCUGCUGAGAAAUUACUUCGCUGGAGGAGUUUGUAAUUGUAAAGAGAAACUAAAUGGUAAGACAGUAAUCGUCACAGGGGCAAACACAGGAAUCGGGCGAGAAACAGCCUUAGAUCUCGCCCGAAGGGGCGCCCGUGUAAUCCUAGCUUGCCGAGACCUCGAGAAGGCAAACACUGCUGCUAAAGAAAUACGAAAAACAACAGGAAAUGACAAGGUAUUCGUGAAAAUGCUCGAUCUUGCGUCGCUCAAGUCAGUGAGAACAUUCGCGGAGGAAUUCCACCAAACUGAAGAUCGACUAGACAUCCUUAUCAAUAAUGCAGGCAUCAUGCGUUGUCCAUAUUGGAAAACAGAAGAUGGCUUUGAGAUGCAACUCGGCGUCAAUCACUUGGGCCACUUCCUUCUGACAAAUCUUCUGUUAGACAUGCUGGAAAGAUCUCAACCAAGUCGCAUCAUUAAUGUCAGUUCUCUAGCGCACGUGAGAGGGAAGAUUCACUUUGAUGAUUUGCAAAGCGAACAAGAGUACAGCCCAAGUUCCGCCUACUCACAGAGUAAACUUGCUAAUGUCUUGUUCACUCGCGAAUUGAGCAAACGCCUGGAAGAUACCGAUAUUUUAGUCACUGCUGUACACCCUGGUGUUGUGAAAACCGAAUUAGCUCGUCAUACAACUUUUGCGAAGUCCAAAAUCGCGUCUUUGACUCUGGCUCCGCUUGCGUGGUUGUUUUUCAAGACUUCUCUUCAGGGAGCACAAACAACAAUUUAUUGCGCUGUAGCAGAUGACGUUGAGUCUGGACUGUACUACAGUGACUGCAAGCCUAAGGAACCAGCUGAUCAGGGAAAAGAUGAUAGAGCAGCUAAAAAGCUUUGGGAAGUUAGCGCAGAUUUGGUUGGCCUAGAAAAAACUACUUGAAAGCGUGCAUUCUCACAGUGACACUUACAAAGUAAGGUGCUAUUUAUUUAUUUAUCUUCAAGCAUCUUGAAAAAGUGGAACAUUUCGUAGCUAUGGUAGGUGCACUAUAAGGCAUAUUUCCAAGGACUGAUGGGAAAAUAAAUUUUUGUUUUCAAUUUCAGUACGUUUUCUGUGAGAAAAGUGAAGUGAGAAGAAAUAUCAGUUAGCAAUAUUCGAUUUAACAACAAAUUCUCAGAGCCAAAAUGUAUGGCAGACAAUGCAGAGAAUAACUAUAUCUACAUAUAGUAGAUAUACAACUAUAUCUACUAGUUAUAUUUCCCUCUGCAUGCAUAAUGUUGUGUAUAGUUUAUAAAUAAUAUUGGAAUUGUAAUAUGGCAUAUUUUAUUUUAUUUUAGCUUAUUUUCUCAAAGAUAUUAGCUCUACAGCUACUCUGUGAAUAUUAAGCGAAAAUAAAGUAUAUGUAUGUAA